AAAGAUAAUGAUUACAAAGCUUAUAGAGAAAAGCUUGCACAAAAGCUGGAUUCUUUUCGUGGAGUUGGUCAGGGAACGAUUGUCAUUCCUUGGAUGCAACCUCAUUAUGAAGAAAUAAAAAGUAUAAAUCAAUCUUAUACAAGUGGAAAAUCAGGGGAUUCAUCCGAAAACAUCCUCUCGUCACCUGGUGCAUUGAAAUUAACAUCAAUAUUUGCUCUUCUUGAGCAAUGUAAAACUAACACAAUGGCACAUGAUGAUGAAGAGUGGAAUGAAGUGCGAAAACAUGUAACAUCAUCACAACGUCAUAGAGAUACAAUAACAGUUGAUGGUAUAACAAUUACAAUACCUUCGACCCUUUCAUGUUUAGGUUGUGGUGAUUUAGGUGUGGGUCAAUAUGAUAUUGGAAGUGAUGAUGGUGGUGACAACAUGGAAAUUGGUACCUCAUCUAAGCAUGUCUUUGCAAGUAAUUCAGCGCCACCUCUUACCAAAGUUUCUCAGAAUAAUUCUGGAGAACAAAGCAAUGAAACAUUAGAAUCCUUGGAUACGCCAUCUUCAAUCAAGGAUUUUGUUUAUACAUCUAGCAAUGAACAGACCAUUGAUAACAGUGUGUCUACGUCUGUUACUAAUGAAAUUUCAAAAACCGUUGAAAAUGGUAAACCUGUUGGGAAAUCUUUAGAAGAAACGUCAUACAAUUUAGAAACAGUAAAGAAUGAUUCUGCCUCUGGGUUUUCAAAUGGUAAAAGUGAGGGACCAUCUACUUUCAGUUCUAAGACCAGCCCAAUUUCUAUUCCUCAACAAUCACAAAAAGAAAUUCAGCUUUU